AUGCUGACGCAGGAGGUCUUCAGCGGGAUGGAGCCGCCGGUCACUACCUACUCAUGGCGGCGGGUGGCGCCGUCUGUGGGUACAUUGCUCCAGUUGGAUGAGCUGAGCAUGCUGGCGCUGGGUGACUGGCAGGACAAGGGCAAGAUCCGUGAGACCGGUGCGGCGAUGCCUUUGCACUAUAGCGGCACUCGUUAUGCUGCCAGCGUGCGUGUGAAGCACCUUGUGCUCUCGGCCACGGCUCGGUGCCUGUCCUUUGACACCUGGUCCGAGGUGCCGCCGGGCCGCCUCAACUCCGCCGAUCCAGGCCUGCGCGAGGAAGUCGGCGAGAAGGUGCGCCUCGAUGCUACGGUGAUCUGGCGCGCUCCCGCGGGCACCCCCGGCCCUCAAAGCAAGCUCGCCUUCAAGGAGACGGCCCUCCGAGCCCGCCGCAGAGUCGAGCGAUUACCGCGGGAGAGACCCGCAGGUCGCCGGCAGAGCCGGUUAUGCCAGCCCAGGUCAAUGGGCGAGUGUGCUCUGCUUUCCUGCGCAAUGGUAUGCGCCUUUGCCCGGCCUUUCAGUCUCAAGCCUGUCGGGCUGCCAAUUGCGAACUGGCCCACCAGUGUGCUGCUGUUCUGCGGUCAGGGCGUGUCUGUGGCGGAAGGCACCCAGCGGGCGAGUGACCGUCGCUUGGUCAAGCCGGGUGACGUUCCACCGGCCAUUACUGUGGCUCAAGAGGCUGCGGCGGGAGCGACCCGCCCACCUCUGCCUCGUGUUCGGCCGCCUCCUUUGCCCGUCGUGCCCGCGGAGGAGGAGGAAACCGUGGAGGUCGAGGUCGAAGUGGAGGAGGAGCCUCGCCCACACUUGGUGGCUUCCUGGGUGGACAGGCCAAGGUCUUCCGGUUCGAGGGCAGGGGCUGCUGCAGAUGCUGGUCGUGGCCGCGGUCAGAAGAGGCCGCGUGAGGACGCCGAGUCUCGCUAUGAUAGGCUCGCUCGGGAAGGCCGCCGUGUGGAUCGCCGGGCGUUGGAGUUUCCAACGGAGAUUUGGUGCAGCCUGGCCGGGGGCAAGUUGUUCCUUGGUGGCCUGCCCACCCGUGCGAAUCAGGCCAACUUCCCCGAUAUUGCGCUCCAGGUCACAGCCAUGGCAAAGCCCCCAACAGACCGCGGGGGGAUCGUUCUUCCUGGUGCCCUUCACCGUCCAUGGCAGAUCACCUCGGGCGAUCGUCGUGAUUCCGACUUCCAGACCCU